GGUUUAGUCUGAGGAGAGGCGGAGGAAGCGCACGGGUCUGGGGAGAAGGAAAAGAAGAAAAAGAAAAGGGAGAGACCAAGAGGGAGGGGAGCGGGGAGGAUGUGAAAGGCACCGGGAACCAGCGAGAAUGAGAGCCGGACCCGAGUGAGCUGCGUCAUGGCCUCGAACUCAACGGACAUCGUCAGGCAGGGAUACGUGAGGAUGAAGAGCAGGAAGCUGGGGAUUUAUCGGCGUUGCUGGCUGGUAUUGAGGAAAUCUUCUAGCAAAGGUCCAUGGCGACUUGAAAAAUACCCGGAUGAGAGGUCUGUGCUUCUGAAAGCCUCCCCUAAGGUAACUGAGAUCAGUAAUGUGAAGUGCAUCAUGAGGCUCCCAAAGGAGACCAAGAGGCAAGCAGUUGCCAUAAUAUUUUGUGAUGACUUGGCCCGUACGUUCACAUGUGACUCAGAGCUGGAAGCAGAAGAGUGGUACAAGGUUCUCUCUAUGGAAUGCCCAGGAACAAGAGUGACCGAUUACAACCUAGGGGAGCCUGAUCUGCUGACGCCAGGUGUACAAAAUGAACAGACAGAGCGAUUUAGUGUCUUUUUAUUGCCCUCCUCAAACCUGGAUGUGUAUGGAGAGUGCAAGAUGCAAAUUACCCAGGAAAAUCUCUACCUCUGGGACCCACACAACCCUCGCACCAAGCUGCUGUCCUGGCCUCUCUGUGCUCUGCGGCGAUAUGGAAGUGAUUCCUCACGGUUUACUUUUGAGGCAGAACGAGUGUGUGGAAUCAGUGAGGGUCUGUUCACAUUCCAGACUCUGGAAGGACAGCAGAUCUAUGAGCGGGUGCACAAGGCUGUCCUGGCGUUGGCUGAACAGCACAAGAAUCUUCUCCUUGAGAUGGAAAAAAACUCCCGUCGACUAAACAAGGAUGCAGAAAACAUCAGCUACCCAUCCCCCACCACCUCCAUGCUGCCCCGUAGCGCAUACUGGCACCAUAUUACUAGUGGCCAGAGCAAUGCAGAGUCUUCCAGCAACAUCCGUGUACCAAGUGGCAGAGAAUCAGAUCCUAUCACCAGACGGAUGCGUGAUCGGAAGACUUCAGCAUGUGAAAGGAAGCUCCCCACUUCAGCCUCUCAGUGACACAGUCUUGUCUUUACCCAGCCUAAUCCAAACCUAAGGGCCACUGAAGGCUUAGUGAACAAGAAGGUAUUAUGUGACGCUGUACCUGUACUACUAAGGAAUUAACCUACAUGCCCGUAUUGGCUUCUUAGGAAGUAGGAGCCCGAAAGACAUUCUUUGUGUCUUGUCUUUCUUAGAAAGAAGUCACUAAUGGAAACUGCUCUGAGAUUUUCUACCAAGGAAGGACUGCAGUUUGUGUAUGUCUGCACAAUAAAAACAAGUGCUCUGAAAUGA